AUGACACAACGAAUAGUACGAUAUCGUUUGAACUUAUUCACAAACGCAAUUUUUAUAAUUUUGGUAAAUGACUGUCGAGCUGAUGAUUGCGGAAGUGAUGAAUUCAACUGUGGUAAAUAUUCGAAAUGUCUACCUAACUCCGAUCUGUGUAACGGAAAAAUAGAUUGUUCAACCAAAAUAGAUGAAACAUUUGAAACAUGUAAAGAUCGGCGAUGUAAUACAAGCCAAUUUAAUUGUGCAAGUGGGGCAUGCAUACCACUUUCUCUAAAAUGUAAUACCGUACCAGAUUGUUAUGAUGGUUCAGAUGAAGCUGAUUGUGAUAAUUUUAAUACAAACGAAUGUCUGGAAAAUUGGCAAAUUCGUUGUUUAUCUGGAGAAUGUAUCAGGCAAGAUCAAAUAUGCGAUGGUAUUAAAGAUUGUGUAGAUAACUCCGAUGAAACUUAUACAACCUGUUCAAAUACCAGAUGUUCCAAUACAUUUCAAUGUGAUUAUGGAGCAUGUGUUGAAUUGGAAGCAAUAUGUGAUGGAAAACCAGAUUGUGUUGAUUACUCCGAUGAAUUAUUACCAAAAUGUAACACUGUUUUUAAUGUAACGGACGAAACGAUUUGUGGAAAAAACCGUUUUAAAUGUAACAGCGGUUUAUGUAUUAAAAAAGAAAAUUUGUGCAAUGGAAUCAGAGAUUGUGAUGAUGGAUCCGAUGAAACGUAUCGGCAAUGUCAUAAUUUUAAUUGUGAUACAACACAAAAGCAGUGCACAUACGGAGCAUGUGGAGUAAAAUCAUGCGUUAAUGAUUAUUAUACGGUUGAUAUUAGUAUAACAACACCCAAAUCUUGGACUACAAGUACCACUCCAAAGCUACCCCAGAGCAUAUUAAUACCAUGUCCAUAUCCUAAUCAGCCAGAAAAUGGUGAAGUGAGGACAAACAAGGGGAAGAUUCCAACGCAUUUGCCGUCCCCUGCUUCAGCUCCAUAUUGGACAGUUUUAAUCUUUAAAUGCAAUCAUGGGUAUACAUUGGGUAUCGCAGAAUCGACAAUUGUUUGCAACGGAGAAGGCCAAUGGACACAUCCAUUUCCGAAUUGUAUCAAAACUUGUCCACCGCUAGUCUCUAAAAUUCAUGAAAUUGAAUGCUCAUAUGAAGGCUACAAAGUUCCAUGUGAUAAACCAUUUGACGGUACCCUUGCAAACGUUAAGUGUAAAGAAGCUUUUGAAGUAAAAAAUUUCUUAUAUCAACCAUACAAUGGAAUGAAAUGCCAAAAUGGAAAGUGGUCACACAAGUUAUUUGAUUGUAAUCCAGAAUGUGGUACAUUAAUAGCAAAAGCAGAACCUUUAAUAACGAAAGGGUAUACUGCACCAAAAACUGGAUAUCCAUGGCACGCUGGAAUUUAUAAACAUGAUCCCACCUCAGAUGAGUGUUACGAACAUAUUUGUGGUGGAACUUUAAUAUCAAAUAGACUGGUUGUGUCAGCUGCACACUGUUUUUGGUAUGGGAAUAAACCAGACAAAAAUCCUCGAAACUAUGCCGUUGCCGUGGGGAAAUUUUACCGAACUUGGAAAAGUACUAAAGAUAAAUAUGGUCAAUACAAACAGGUUCAAGAAAUCAGCACGCACACUAAAUUUCGAGCUGAAGAAAGUAGUUUCGCUAAUGAUAUAGCCAUUAUAGUAUUAAAAUGUCCAGUUCGAUUGACUAACAUAGUACGUCCAAUCUGCAUUGAUUGGAGUAAUCAAUUAUAUGAAGAAGUUUUAAAGCGAGGGAAUUUUUCAGGAAUAGUUUCUGGAUGGGGUUUAACCGAAGAGUUUGGUUCGUUUUCUGAAGAAUUACAAUCUAUAAAAAUGCCUUAUGUUGAAUACAAUUCUUGUUUGCAGGAUUUACCAGUAGAUUUUAGACCUGCCAUUACUUACGAUAAAAUUUGUGCCGGUUUUCAUAAUGGUACAAGUGUAUGUAAUGGAGACAGCGGAGGUGGUUAUAUAUUUAACUGGAAAAAUAGACAUUUUAUAUGUGGGAUUGUAAGUGUAGGUCCAUCAAAGUCAGGUUAUCUACAAAGUACGUGUGAUUCAUAUCAGUAUGUUGCUUUUACUAGUUUUCCUAAACAUUUGGAUCUGAUAAAAACUUAUGAAAAGAAAUUUGACAAUAAUUAA